UGUGAGGAUAAUGGGUAUAUUUUGUUGAGAAGCUGCAAAUUUCAAGUGCGAAGAAAAGUGAGAAAAAAAAAUUCAAAAUGCAAUUCUCGGCAAGCUUCCUAGCGGUUGCUUUGGCCAUCACGUUAGUGACGGCCCAAUUCGACACCCACCAGUGGGCAGACCGGAACGGUAUUGUGCAUCUAUUCGAGUGGAAGUGGAACGAUAUUGCGGAUGAAUGUGAACGUUUCUUGGCACCUAGAGGUUACGCAGGCGUUCAAGUGUCACCGCCGACCGAAAAUGUGAUCAUUACUGGAAGACCCUGGUGGGAACGCUACCAACCGGCUUCGUACAAUCUGAAUACUCGAUCGGGAACCGAACAGGAGUUUGCGAGUAUGGUUUGGCGCUGCAAUCAGGUUGGCGUGAGGAUUUAUCCCGACAUCAUAAUCAACCACAUGGCCGCUACAUCCGGUACGGGUACAGGCGGUUCUCAAGUGGACGUAGGAGCACUAGAGUUCCCGGCCGUUCCGUACGGUAAAAAUGAUUUCAAUCCACACUGUGAAAUUUACGACUACAACAAUGUCGAGCAGGUUCGCAACUGUUGGCUUGUUGGCUUGCCGGAUUUGAAUUUAGGUACCCAGUGGGUUCGAGAUCAAAUCGUUGGAUUGAUGAAUAAAUGUAUCGACUAUGGUGUUGCUGGUUUCCGAGUGGAUGCUACCAAGCACAUGUGGCCGGAACACCUUGAUAUGGUGUAUGGUGCUUUGAAUGAUUUGAACACAGCUCAUGGGUUUAAGGCAGGAGCAAGGGCCUUUAUUACACAGGAAGUUAUAGACUUGGGUGGCGGAGCUAUUACCAGAGAGGAGUACACUCACUUGGGAACGAUAACAGAGUUCCGGUAUUCGGCCGAGAUUGGACGAGUUUUCCGCGGAUACGAUAUGCUCAAGUGGCUCUCUAGUUGGGGUGAAGGAUGGGGCUUUUUGCCAUCUCCCCUUGCUUUGGUGUUCAUCGACAAUCACGAUAACCAGCGGGGGCACGGAGCUGGUGGAGAAAACGUUCUUACUUAUAAGGACUCAAAACGGUAUAAGAUGGCAACAGCUUUCAUGCUGGCUCAUCCUUUCGGAAUUCCCCGGAUAAUGAGUUCUUUUGCCUUCGAAGAAAGUGACCAGGGACCUCCACAGGACGCCAACGGAAACUUGAUAUCUCCGUCGAUCAAUGACGAUAAUAGUUGUGGAAACGGUUGGAUUUGCGAGCAUCGCUGGCGCCAGAUCUAUAACAUGGUUGAAUUCCGCAAUACUGUGCGGGGUACUUCGCUAAACGAUUGGUGGGAUAAUGGCGGUCAGCAGAUUGCUUUCUGUCGGGGCGGAAAGGGUUUUGUGGCUUUCAACAACGAGGGGUAUGAUUUUUACCACUAUCUGCAGACGUGCCUUCCAGCGGGAAAUUACUGUGACGUUAUUCAUGGAAGCAAGGUGGAUGGAAGCUGUACCGGUAGUGUGAUUAGCGUUGGAAAUAAUGGCUUUGCAAAUAUUUACAUUGCUGCUGAUGCGUACGACGGUGUUUUGGCACUUCAUAUUAAUGCUAGACUCUAAGGUAAUAUGUUAUCCGAAAUAUACGAUAUUUUGUUGAACCUUAAAAAUAAUG